UCAUCCCCGCCGCAUUUAUCCAUCGAUCAGGCUUUCUGUUCGAAGACCGUUCCUUCAAACAACGAUCAUGGAUUUUGCACUCAUAGACCAUCUGCUGUCGCAGGCAAAGGCCUCCAUUGAUGAAUUCCAGUCUAAUGGCGUCGAAGACUCCCGUAUCGAAGCCCACGAAAAGGUGCUGCAGCUGGCACGGGCACUGGAAAAGCCGAGGGAUGCUAUUCUGAAGCUUUCAUUUUCUGUGAGUUUCUUGUGGCCAGUGUUCUACGGGGUUUUCUGACUGCUUGAGGGAGUAGCCUACGGUGCUCAUGGCCGUUAAGGUGGCCCAUGAUAUGAAUAUUUUCCCAGUACUCACAAAGUCAGCUACUCAAGUAUCUGUGAAGGAGCUGGCGGCCGCGAAACCAGCGGAUCCGUUGUUAGUCGAACGUAUCAUGCGCCUCCUCGUCUCGAACGGCUUCGCUGAAGAGCCAGAACCCUGCAAAUAUCUUCCCACUCCGCUAUCCGAAGAAAUGACCCGACGAACAUCAAUUGGUGUCGUGGAAUCUUUAUUCCUCGAGUUCCUCCCCUCCAUCCAGAAAACGCCCGAAUACCUACAAUCUACCGGAUACCGCAACCCAGAAGACCCGCUGCACGCACCUCUCCAAUACACCAACAACAUCGAAGGAGAUGGGUUUGCCUGGCUCUGCGAGAAUCCCGCGGCAUUGUCGCGCUUUAAUAGCUUCAUGGAAGGUCAGCGCGCCAAUCGUGCAUUCUGGGGCGACUGGUUCCCCGUUCGUGAGGUCAUCCUCAAUGAGCCGGGCUUAAGCGCCGAUCGCCCCCUACUCGUUGAUAUUGGUGGUGGUCGCGGACAUGAUUUGCUGGAGUUCAAGGCCCGAUUCCCAGACGCGCAGGGAAAGCUGGUUCUUGAAGAUUUGCCGUCUGUGAUCGAUGAGGUUCGGCAGGCGAAUGAUCUUGAAGCUGUGGGGAUUGAGACGGUGAAUUAUGACUUCUUUGCCGAAGCGCAGCCAGUUCUAGGUUUGUUUCCUCCCACUCUACUUUUUUUCUCAGUUGGACUUACAAUGAUGAAUUGCAGGUGCCCGUGUCUACUACUUUAAAUAUGUCCUUCACGACUGGUCCGACGAGAAGGCCCAUAUUAUAUUCGACCAUUUGAAAAAGGCCAUGGUGCCUGGGUACUCGAAAGUGUUGAUCGAGGAGUAUAUCCUUCCUGACAGGAACGCGCGCGCAGUCAAUGGAAUGACGGACAUGGCUGUCAUGGUGUUCUGUGCAGGGCUGGAGCGCACACGACAGCGAUGGUUAAACUUGCUAGAGUCUGUAGGUCUACGAGUGAAUAAGUUCUGGACGCGUGGUGGAGAUGCGCUGGGGAUCAUCGAGGCAGAGAUCCCGCUGGACCAGAAUGGGACAGAGCACAUUGAUAGAAGGCUUGCAUGAGACUCGGAAAGCUAAAUGACUUGUUGUUUUAGUACAGUUACAGA